GGUAAUAAAGCAGAAGGAGGGAGAAGGAUGGAUGGGGAGGGCGGAGAGCCACGUGGUGCCAUAAAGCCCAGCUAACGAGCCCCCGUCCUGGGAGUGUCCAGCCUGCGGGAGGGGAGCCAAGGCUCGGAGGGGGACCGCCAGCCUUGGGAGCCGGAGCCGGAGCAGCUGGGCCUGGAGGAGGCCAUGCACCGAGGCGCGCCAGGACCAGGCCUCCGGGGCCUCCAGGGGGCCGAGGGCUCCGUCAAGGACUCGGGGGGCUCUGGCCCGGAGGCCGGGAAGGAUUUUGGGGUGCUGAGGGAGAACGGCGCCCCCCGCGGCCUGGGCGAGGCGGAGGAGGUGGCCGGCGGCAAGAAGCGCGCGCGGCCGGUGCGGUCCAAGGCGCGGCGCGUGGCGGCCAACGUGCGGGAGCGCAGGCGCAUCCUGGACUACAACGAGGCCUUCAACGCGCUGCGCCGGGCCCUGCGGCACGACCCGGGCGGCAAGCGGCUCUCCAAGAUCGCCACGCUGCGCCGCGCCAUCCACCGCAUCGCCGCGCUCUCCCUGGUGCUGCGCGCCGGCCCCGCGCCCCGCGGGCCCUGCGGGCACCCCGAGUGCCGCCGCCAGGCCGCGCCCCCGGCCCCGGGCUCCGGCCCGCAGCCCGCCCCGCGCUGCGCCUCCUGCUCCCCGCACCCGCCCCCGGGGCGGCCGGGGCCCGGGGCGCAGGGCUUGGCGCAGGCUUCCUCCGCGGGGAGCUGGCGCUGGUGCCCCCGGGCGCCCUUGGCUUGGCCGCUGGGCCACCAGCACCCCUGACCGACCUGCCCGCGCGGCACAGGGGCCGGUGCAGGGAGGAGCCAAAGCCGGGAGGACUGCGAAAGAGAAGACGGCAGAAAACAAAACCCAAACCCGGGGAGACCGCGCCGAGGCCCCAGGGGAGAGGAGGCUUGGCCCGCGGGGAGGAACCG